AUGAUCCAAUAUUUUUUAAUUAUUCAAUCGGACCAUAUUACUGUGAAGCUAUUGAUUUUUGCCCCAGGGAAUAUAUAUGCAAAUGACGUUGCUAAUUUAUUAUACAAAGACACUGAUACAGAAUAUGGUAAAUUUCGUAAAUUAAAAUCAGAUAAUACUAAUAUUAUACGUUUGUGGAAGUAUUUUAAUGAUAGCUUGAUAAAAAUUAGAUCAAAUAAUGUAUCUGAAUUUUAUAGAGCAAUCAUCGAAGUCCUCAAACUAACUCGUAAUGUCAAUCAUAAACUUUCAAUUACUUAUCAUCCAAUGAUUUCUGGUAUUUCAAAGGGUGGUCAUCAAUCGUUAAUCACAGUUUUGAGGAAACGUUCUACAACAGCUAGAUGUCAAGAUCAUCCAAACACUGCCUUAUGGAUUGAUAGGAUUAUUAUACAAUGA